AUGGUGGAAGUGGACAUUCGCGUCCCCGAUCACUGGAUGCCCGGACAGAACCCUCACGGCACUCGUCUCUCCCCGGGGGAGUACUUCCAAGAAAUGACUCCCCUAUUCUGCAAUGCAGAAGUUCCUCUCAAGGUUCUCGGGGAACACAUGCAGGAGUACAUCAGGGAGAACGACUUGAGUACAAAACCGCGCCGUAUGCUCGUUGGCGGGUUAAAGGCGUGGAAAAUCCUGAUCGCCACCCCUCUGUUGCAAUGGUAUUUACAGCACGGCAUGGUGGUUGAUCGCGUGUACCAAGUCGUCGAGUACACCCCGAACGCGUGUUUUCAACAGUUUGUUCGGGACGUGUGCUCAGCCAGACGAGAAGCCGACCGAGAUCCCUCAGCAGCCAUUCGCGGGGAUACGGCUAAACUUACGGGCAAUUCCGCGUACGGUUCGGUAUUGAUCAAUAAAGAAAAACAUCAGACCGUUUCGUACGUGUGUGGUCAAACGGAGGCCAGCACUCAAGUCAAUUUCCCUCAAUUCAGGAAAUUAACGGAACUGGGCGGGGGUUAUUUCGAGGUAGAGAAAGCCAAGAAAGUCUUACACCUCGAUACGCCCGUGCAGCUGGAGUAUUUUAUCCUGCAGUACGCUAAACUGCGCAUGCUUCAAUUUUACUACGAUUUCAUGGACGUGUACGUGGAUCGUAGCGAUUUUGAAUACAUGGAGAUGGACACGGACAGCGCUUACAUGGCUUUGAGCGCGAAAUGUCUGUCCGAUGUCAUUAAACCCGGCAAACAGUUGGCGUACCAGGACCAGUUAAAGGGGUUCUGUGGUGACAAUAACCCGGACGAUAGCUACCUCACGCGUUGGUUUCCACGCAGUUGCUGUUCUAUCCACGCCCUUCACGACAAACGUACUCCGGGUUUAUUCAAACUCGAGUACGAAGGAGAUGAGAUGAUCUGACUGUGUAGUAAAACGUACUUGGUGUCACAGGUAAAAUUCUCCUGUAAAGGCAUCUCAAAACGCACAUUGAAAACACCACUAAGAGCGUUUAGAGAUGUUUUACGUACGCGAGUACCUGGCGAGGGGUUGAACAGAGGUUUCCGACUCAAGGGGAAUAUCAUGUGUUCUUAUCAACAGAAACGUCAGGGGUUGAGUUAUCUGUACUGUAAACGUCGAGUGUUGAACGACGGCAUUCACACGGCACCUCUCGACCUCGAGCUUUGUCCCUGGCCUGCCCGCGAUGAUAGGUUGGAUGACACCGAUACCUUUUUAGCCCAACUUUUAGAAAAUUUAGCUGAAAAUUAAGAAAAGGUCAUCCCUCUUGCGUUCCCUCAACUCCAGUAGUGUACAUAUUAUAGUUAUUUAUUUAUUUAU